AUGUCCGACGAUUGGUUUUCUUCCAAGCUCGCCCCGGACGGCAGCGUCGAAGACGGAUGCCAUCCCCAAGAGGCACAGGCAAUGAAAGACUACCUGCACCAGAAGACAACUGCAGCCGAUGCCGCUCGAGCCAUCACCCAUCCGGUCGUGACUGCCGACAACCCCGGAGAGGACCUCGUCCGCCUAUGGGUAUUUCUAAUGGAUUCUCUCGUGGAAUUACCGGCACAACACAUCGAGUCAUUGGUAGAGCUGCUCAAGGCAAUCGAGAACCAAUCAGAGCCCGACUUUACAUCUCUAGGCGAGAGCAAGCGGCCCUCUGAGAGACUGUGGAAGGGUCUCCCAGGUUUCGGCAACCUAUGGUCCGAUUCAUAUCAAUCUGGGGGCUGGAGAAAGGCUGCCACGGCGGCGAAGGGCCCCGAGCGUGAUGUGCUGCGAGACGCACACGUCAGGAAGGCAGAGAUUGAGGCGCGGUUGGUCGCGGCUGGCAUCGGCGCCAUCCCAAUUGACUGGGGUUAUGAGGUUGCCGCCGACGCCUUGGAGAGCAGCAACGCACUGCUUGAUUUUGAGGUUCCAGCUGCGGCAAAGUGGCUCGCUAUCUGCGGUCGGCGGUUCCGAAAGGGGGCGGAGGAUGGUGAGGAGAGUUGGGCUUUGAAGCCCCAUGUUACGGCAUCGACAAAUACCCCUUCUCGGGAUCUCUUGAAAGCAUCCUGGGACCAGAAGCUGAGUUUGGAACGAUGGUCGUGGUGGGAAGGGCGCCUGAGGGAGUUGCAGGGGGAGAAGGGGGUUGUUCAGCAUGCAGCGACGACGGCGCUCGGGGCCAUGAGCAAGACAUCCCGUGCGCAAUCGUGA